AAUAAUAAUACAAAAGUUGCAAAUGUGGUUGCAAAUUCCAUAUUGAUCAAUGAUCUAUGAUAUUUGUUAAGCGUUGGUUAUUGGUUUAACACAAACUAAAGUUAAUAUUUUUAAAGAUAAGUUUGUGCUAGGAGGAGAAAAUUUACCAUGGCUGCUAUUACCAAAACCCGCAACUUUAAAGUAUUUCGUGGUCUCGCGUAUAAUCCAUGUGUAGUAUCAAGAAGGAACUUAAACCUCCAAGAAUAUCACAGCAAGGAUUUAUUAAGAAAACACCAAGUGUCUAUACAAAACUUUCGCUUACUCGACUCAAACUUAAAUCCAAGCUCACUAUCUGACUUCAAGGCAAAUGAAUACGUAGUAAAAGCUCAAAUUUUAGCGGGUGGACGUGGAAAAGGUCACUUCGAUAAUGGAUUUAAAGGUGGAGUGCAUUUAACUAAAAAUCCAAAUGAGAUACUGAGUUUAGCUAAAAAUAUGAUUGGACAUAAGUUGAUAACGAAACAAACUCCAAAAGAAGGUAUUCUAGUGGAUAAGGUGAUGGUAGCGGAGAGCGUUAAUAUUGUGCGAGAGACAUACUUGAGUAUCAUAAUGGAAAGGACUUACAAUGGUGCUGCGCUGGUCGCAUCUCCUGCUGGUGGUAUGGAUAUUGAAGCAGUCGCAGAGAAAACACCGCAUCUGAUCAAAACGGUGCCUAUAGAUAUCCAUGAAGGCAUUACAGAUAAGACAGCUAAAGAAGUAGCAGAGUUUUUACAAUUCAAGGGCCCUUUGGUGAGCAAGUGUGCUGAGGAAAUAAAAAAGUUGUGGCAACUAUUUUUAAAGGUUGAUGCAACUCAACUAGAAAUAAACCCAUUGGUUGAGACUGAUGAUGGCCGGGUUGUGGCUGUGGAUGCAAAAAUUAACUUUGAUGACAAUGCACAGUUCAGGCAAAAAGAUAUUUUUGCUUUGGAUGAUACUUCUGGAAUUGAUCCAAGAGAAAAAGAAGCAGCAGAUCUUAACCUUACAUACAUAGAUAUGGAUGGCAGUAUUGGGUGCAUGGUGAACGGGGCUGGCUUAGCCAUGGCCACCAUGGACCUCAUCAUGUUAAGUGGAGGCAGACCAGCAAACUUCCUGGAUCUCGGAGGAGGAGUUGGCCAAUCUCAAGUGUCUGCAGCUUUGAGAAUAUUGGAGUCUGACCCUAAAGUGAAGGCUAUAUUUGUGAAUGUGUUUGCUGGUAUUGUCAAUUGUGCAACUGUAGCUAAGGGUAUUGUGGCAGCCUGCAAGGAGCACCCUCCCAAGCACCCUCUGGUCAUCAGAUUAGAGGGCACAAACGCAGCGCAAGCCAAAACUAUACUCGAGGAGUCCAAACUCCCCUUCAAGAUCAUCAAUGAUGCUGAUAAGGCAGCUAAAACUGCUGUCACCCUUGCACAGUAAUGUGACUUAAAUAAGAGCACCACAUUCUCUACAAAUCCAGUUGUGUAAUUGGUUUGAUGUGUGUUGAGUAAAGGGAAAUGUAAGAUAUCUCGUUAUGAAAUUCAUAUUGUCAAUCAAUAUAUCUUUUGUUGCUUUUGAUUCUGCCACUAUUGGUUAACAAUGUCUUUCUCUUAACACAACAUGUCUUGUGAUAUGACGCAUCUAGUGAAAAAUAUUGUGGACUUAUAGUAAUGGAAUUGAAAUUAUUGCUGUGAUUAUUUUUGUGAUGGAACAAUAGAGAGAGCAAUACUUUUGAAGACAUAUUGGUCGCCAGCAAUACUUUCGAAGACAUACUGGUUGCCAAUGUCUUUUUGUCUUCAUUGAGGUAUCUCGUGGCGCCCACUUUAGGCCUAGCAGCCUGUGUAGAAAGUGAGAAUGAUGAAAGCAGAGAAAGGUUUAAAUAUUUUAUCAAAACCAAGUUUUAAUACAAUAUUUUAAGAUAACUUGUGUUGUUUUGUUGAGAAUGUGGGAGAUUUUUUAACAUUUUUUGUUGUUAGAUAUAUAAUUCAUAUACAGGAAUAGAAUUAUUUGAAGCAUGACAAUAUUAUCAAAGUUAAUGAAAACACAAAUACCAGUAGGUAGAAGUAAAUCGACAUAAUAUAUUUUUAGGUACAUAUUACAUAAAUAAGAUAUAAAUGACAGCACAAUAUGAAUUUGUUAAUUAUAUUAUUAUUAUUUUCUAUUUAUAGUAAUGAUACAUGUAUAUUUCUUGGACAAUUUAAAAUUUUGCACAAUGAUUUUUGUUCAAUUAUUAUGUACUAUUUAAUUUUUUUAUAUUUUAAGUUUUAACUUUUAUAAAUUUAAACUUUUCUUUAUUCUGUAAUAAAGAUGUAGCAUUUGUACUUAUAAAAUACCUACUUGAAGAUUUUAGAGACUGAGUUUUGAAAAUGUUUUUCCCCUACAUUUGUUUUGAACCAACAAAUUCUUGCCAUAAUAAUUUCCCCAGUGUAGUUUUAAGUGUUGUUUUGUACAUAUUAUUUAGCAUAAUAAAAAAAGUAUAAUAUCUAUA